UCAGUUCAAGACUGAGACAUUGAGGUCUCUAUUAAGAUCCUCAUUUAAUCUUAUUUCUGUUGUGUCUUGUCAUGAAUAUGUACAGCUAUUAUUUUCUAACACUUGCAGUGCUACUCCGCUGCUUUGCUUAUACGCAGAGUGUUUCGCACCCAGGAAAAUGCAGACUUGUCUUCAGAUCCGAUGAGGUCCAAGUCAUUUGUGUGUCUGUUAACUUCAAACAGUUACCCAGCAAGGCCUUCCCAGGUAACACUACAGACCUCAGUGUCCGCUUCAGCAAUUUAAGCUCCAUAACAUCUGAUGACCUGAAGAUCUUGUCCCAUCUGAGGCAGCUCAGUCUGAUCAGAAACCAGCUGCGUACAUUACCCGCGGACCUGCUUUUGGGCCUGUCUAAUCUCCAUGUGCUUGACCUUACAGGUAACAAACUGACAGCUUUAUCAUCGCAAGUGUUUCAUCAUUCUCCUCUUGUGGAGCUCACACUCUCAGAUAACCUGCUCUCUGAGAUAGAUGCUGACUGUCUACCUGUAAACAACUCUCUCCAGAGGUUAGAUUUGUCAUCUAACAAAUUCUCCCAGCUGCCCGUGGCCUUCCUGCAAAGACUCAACAAUCUCGAGAGCUUAGAUUUAAAAAAUAAUCAGCUGGAGGAACUGACUCCUGGAGCUCUGACCUCUCUGCCCAAACUUGAGGCUCUGUACCUGGAAAACAACAGACUAAAGUCUUUAGAAGCAUCAGCAUUCACUGGUAAUCCAAACCUUCGCCAGAUGUUCUUGAGUGGCAACCGUUUGGAGAACCUGCCUGCUGGAAUUUUCCUCAAGCAGGACGAACUUGUUUUCCUUGACCUCAGAAACAACUAUCUGCAAAACCUAACUCCAGGUAUAUUGGAUGGACGUUUGUAUGCUGUGCUGUCUGGUAAUCCAUGGCACUGCAACUCUAGUUUGGCAUAUCUAUGGCAUUGGCUGCGUAUGAAUGAAAAACAAAAAUUUCAUGAUGAUAAAAUCACUUGUCAAACACCUGAACACAUGAAGGGUAGAAACAUCACUGAAAUUGCUGCCACUGACCUUGGCAUCAAGGACUAAGAAAAUCAUAUAAUAAAAUAAAGCAAUAAGCCCCAAGAAGCCGUGGUUUACAGUGAAUUUAUAACAGCUAGGGGCGAAAUCAACAUGGAUUAUUUCAUUUUUAAAAAGUUUUUUUGAACUCUAAAAUCUCUAUUUACAAAUAUUUUUGAAAAAAUAAUAGAGUAAAAUACUGAGAGUUUCCAGUUAACUUAUUCCAAGUAUAAUUUGUGCUUUUAAAUCCGGUGUUGUGCCCAGUUCUGACCCCUGCCAGAUUAUUACCCCCCUAGUAUUGGUAGGUUUAGGGUUAGGUGUGGGGGAGGGGUUAGGAUUAGGCAAUCAGGUAGCGAUUUCAAGGUAUUUUUUUAAUGAAAAUACCGGUUUGGUACUAUUUUUAAAGAAAGAAAACCUGAUGUUGGUCAGCAGAGGGCACUAAAUUCUAAUCAAAGUAAUUAGAGGUAGGUCCUGAGGGAAAUGUGGUUUCAGAAAAAAAUAAAAUUUUAAAUGUGUACACUUGUCUUUUAUAACUCUGUCUGUUAUUACUUUUAUUAAUGCAUUACAAACUGUAAUUUCACUAUAUCUGUCUAUAUCCGUUUUUUGUCUAUCAAUUUGAUGUAUGCUAUGUGUCCUCAGAAAUCCCUAGUGUAUCUUAGUAAAAUACAUUUGUGCAUUGUAGAGAUUUAUAACUCCUGUGUACAAGGGCCAUUUCCAGGGAAGGCUACUUACGCAAAUUAAACCUUUUCAUGGAGGGUAUAAAGAGGAUAGAAAUGAUCAGAUUGCGCCCUUGUUCCAACUUCCAACCCCCAGUACCCCUCAUUCAUUCAUAUAUAUAUAUAUAUACAGUGCUGAUUGAAAGUUUGUGAACCCUUUAGAAUUUUCUAUAUUUCUGCAUAAAUAUGACCCAAAACAUAAUCAGAUUUUGAAAGUAGACAAAGAGAACCCAAUCAAACAAAUGAGACAAAAAAAUGUUUCUUUGUCAUUUAUUUAUUCAGGAAAAUGAUCCAAUAUUGCAUAUCUGUGAGUGGCAAAAGUAUGUGAAUAUCUUGGAUUAGCAGUUCAUUUAAAGGUGAAAUUAGACUGCAUCUGUGCAGAGGUGUUUUCAGUCAUUGCAAUAACUAUCAAAUGUCAGUACGUGACCUGUUUUGUUCAAAGAACAGGGAUCUAUCAAAGUCUGAUCAUGUUUGUGGAAGUGAAUCAUGUCAUGAACAAAGGACCUUGGAAAAAGAGUUGGUGUUGCUCAUCAGGCUAGAAAAGGUUACAAAACCAUCUCUAAAGAGUUUGGACUCCACAAAUCCACAGUCAGACAGAUUGUGUACAAAUGGAGGAAAUUCAAGACCACUGUUUCCUUCCCAAGAAGUGGUCGACCAACAAAGAUCACUCCAAAGCAGAACGUGUAAUAGUCUGCGUGGUUGCAAAAGUUCACAGUGUAACUUCUAAGCAACUAAAGACCUUUCUCACAUUGGCUAAUGUUAAUGUUCAUGAGCCCACCAUCAGGAGAACACUGAGCAACCAUGGUGUGCAUGGCAGAGUUGCAAGAUGAAAGCCACUGAUUUUCAUAAAGAAAAUUGCUUGCUAAAUAUCAUGCGGACAAGCCAGAGGACUAUUGGAGAAAGGUUUAAUGGAUGGAUGAAACCAAAAUAGAAUUUAUUGGUUUAAAUGAGAAGCUAUUAUGUUCGGAGAAAAGAACACACUGCAUUCCAGUUUAAAAAUCUUAUGCCAUCUGUGAAACAUGUUGGCGGUAUUAUCAUGGCUUGGGCCUGUUUUGCUGCAUCUUGGCCAGGACAGCCUGCCAUCAUUGAUGGAACAAUGAAUUCUGAAUUAUACCAGCAAAUUCUAAAGGAAAACGUCAGGACAUCUGUUUAAGAACAGAGUCUCAAGAGAACGUGGGUCAUGCAGCAAGACAACAACCCCAAGCACACAAGACAUUCUACCAAAGAAUGGUUAAAGAAGAACAAAGUUAAUGUUUUGGAAUGGCUGAGUCAAAGUCCAGACCUUAAUCCAAUUAAAAUGUUGUGGAAGGACCUAAGCAAGCAGUUCAUAGGAGGAAACCCACCAACAUCACAGAGUUUAAGUGGUUCUGCACUAAGGAAUGGGCUAAAACUCCUACAUGUUAUUGUGAAGGACUGAUCAGCAUUUAUAAGAAACUUUACCUUCAGUUACUGCAGCAAAAGGGGGUCACACCAGAUAUUGAAAGUAAAGAUUCACAUACUUUUGUAACGCACAGAUA